CAACGCUCGUUGCCAACUACAAAUGACUCGGCAUCAUUUUUCGGCAGGCAUCGAAACAAAAUAAAUUUGUCUUUUUAACAAAACCAUAUAAAAAUAAAUAAAGUCAUGUCAGCACCCGACAAAGAAAAGGAGAAAGAGAAGGACGAGACCAACAACAAAGGUGAAGAUUUGGGUCUACUUGAAGAAGACGAUGAAUUUGAAGAGUUUCCCGCUGAAGAUUUUCGCGUGGGCGAUGAUGAGGAGGAGCUGAAUGUGUGGGAGGAUAACUGGGAUGAUGAUAAUGUCGAGGAUGACUUCAGUCAACAGCUGAAGGCCCAUCUGGAGAGCAAGAAAAUGGAAACCUAACCAACAAAAAACAUUUUGUUUCAACAAAAAAUUAGUUUUA